AUGGCUAGCUCUGCUGCAAUUCAGGAACACACGGCGUAUGUGGGUAACAUAUCACCCGAAGUGCCCAAAGAGCUGAUUUAUGAACUCUUUCUGCAAGUUAGUCCUGUCAAAAGUAUUCGGUAUCCCAGGGACAGAGUUUUAGACACUAACCAAGGAUUUGCGUUUGUAGAGUUUAAUAGUGCAGAAGACGUUGAAUUCGCGUGUAAAUGUCUGAACAACGCGGUGAAGCUGUAUGGCCGGACUUUAAAAGUGCGCAAAGCGAACUGGACGUCUGGCACUUCUGGUGCAGCAGACGGUGUAAACCAGCUGGACGCUAGAAGCGGAGGAGCCAAACUGUUUGUAAAAAAUAUCGAUGAGCUCGUGGAUGCACAAACUUUGGGGAAGAUUUUUGGCAAGUUUGGGCCUCUGGCUACCUCGCCGGAGAUCUUCAAUUUGAAGCAGAACCAGCUGCGAUGCGCCUUUGUAUAUUUCACCACUUUUGAACAUUCAGACAGGGCACUUGCCAAACUGAAUAACCAGAUGGUCAUGAACAAAGUUAUCAGCGUGGAUUACGCCUUGAAAGAAGGCAGCAGAAAUGAGAAACAUGGCGACGAAGUAGAAAGGCUACUUGAUGCAGAGGCAGCCAAAAACAGAUCCAGUUUGCCGGCCUGA